AUGUGGAACUAUAUUGUCGAAGAAAAUGCGAUCGUGAAUGAGGUUGCAUUUGGACACGUCCAAUGGCGCGGCGAUGGUACAGGAUUCGUUUGUGGGGCAGGGAGCUUGGUCAGUGCUAUGGUAAUAGAGGGAACGAUGAGUCAAGGGAGCAGACGAGAGCAAAUGCAAGAAGAUACAGAGUAUAGCGAACAUAUGAAGACUCUCAGAGGUCGUUUGUCUCACAGCAAUGUGAAUGAAUACCCUCGCAGUUGA